UUUUAUCCUACUACUUCCAGGCCUGUUUCAAACAUCUAACAGGUAUUACAGGCUUGCUACUGUUGCAUCAGCAGCUGCUUCUGGGAAGCUUUUGCCGUACAAGGUGGGUGGUCCAAAAGUGGCUGUCCAAACAGCUUAUGGUAUCGAAGUUGAGGUGGAAAAUAAUCCGUAUGAUCCCAGCCUGAUGGUUUUCUUGGAUUAUAGAAACUACACAAAGCAAAAGGCUCCAUCUUUAGAAGCAGAAUAUCCAACAUUUCCUUAUGUCAUGCCCAUGUCUCCAACAACAUUGUUCUUUGAGGUUUGCUCGAUGUACAUCAGUUUGUCCGUCCUGUUACUUAACUUGCUUUCAAAGUACUUAGAGAAAUUGAUUGCAGGAAACUUGAAAAAGCUCUUGUCAUGGUUAACGACAAUGGGAAUCUGUAUUACGAAAACUUAUGAAGAGGAUUGGUCUUGGAUUCCAGUUGGUGGCUCCUUACCAAAUACAGAGCAAAACAACCUAGCAUUUGGUGCUGCUGCUUGCAUGGUACAUCCAGCCACAGGGUAUUCACUUGCGAGGUCUUUGUCCGAGGCUCCAAAAUACGCUUCUGUGAUUGCAACUAUUUUAAAGCCGGAUCAUUACAAGGUUACUCCCAGCCGCCAAACGAGUAAUCGGAACAUGUCGAUGAAAGUUAAGUGUUGGUUCGGUUUGUUUGGAAUGGUUAUCUGCAUCUUAUAUAGAAUGAGUGUGUCGAACUGUUUAAAGGGUUGGUAUCCUUCGGACCUCGUUCUCAAAGUUUUUAGCUUACCUUCAGAAAUAUGACUAGCUUGAAGAGGAGACUCAUCUCUCUGUCUGCAUGUUGCUGCUCUUACAUUGUCUAUAGAAUAAUUCACUUAACUUGUAAACUUGCAGCCAUAGUUGGUGGUGUUAGUCAUGCAAACCAAAUAAUUAAGAGACUUGCAAGAACUGUAUGUUGUGACCUUCAUAUUACUUUAUCGGCGCAUUCCCUAACAUGGUAUUAGAGUUCUUGUUGCAUGAGCCUUGAGUUUGAAACCUUCAAUCCUCAUUCCCCUCUAAAUCGUUAAUUUGCAAGGCACAGAGUGAGCUGCAUCGAUAUGUUCUUUUUCUUUAGACAUCUACCUGUCUCGCAUUUGAAUUAUGCUUGCUUUGUCAUCGGCAUCCCUGCUUAGCUAGCAUACUGUGAUUCGAGUGUCUUCUACUAUCAACAGCAUUCAGCUAUGAGGAGUCAUACUUGCAAUUUGUGAUUCACUCUUUUCCUUUCAGCAAGGAAUACACUGGCCGCAAGAAAGGAAACGCUAUUUUUGGACUAGCACUUAUUCUGCAACAGGAUACUGAGGGCAUCAUGACAUUCUUUCGUACUUUCUUCUGCUUAUCCACCUGGAUGUGGCAGGGUUUCCUUGGCUCUACAUUGUCGUCAGCUGUUCUCAUUGGUUUCGCCUUGUACGUUUGUUUUAGCUCCAAAUGACCUGAGAAAGGGCCUCGUGAGACGUCCACUUUCUGAUCCUUCUGGAGGCGCUAUGAUUAGAACCUAUCUCACAUUCCCUAAUUAGUGCUACUCCUACAUAAUAAGAGUACACAGUUUAGAGUACCCUAAGAAGUAAGAUCCCACCCUACUUUUGAAGGUCACUUGUUUGUUUGUCUCUUUUUUUUUUUUUUCCGGGUGUCAAUUGUACAAAUGUAUAUGCAGCAUUAUUGUCAAUACGUAAUCAAUAUAUCAACAAUUAUUAAAUUUGAUUUGGUUUGAAAAACCUUCCUUUUAACUAAUUUUGCAUAAAAGUAAUUGAAAUUUCACAUCCUCCCGUCAUCCCACGAGAUUUUGAAACUGAUUCAAGUUCUAUAUAUGACACUAAAGACAUUAGCUUUUAGCUAUCAACUCAUAUAAAAAAAAUUAAAAAAAAAAUAAAAAUGAGUAUAAAUAAGAAAAAUAAAAUAUUACCGCAUAAAUAGUAUCUUAAAAGUUGGUGUCUCAAGUGAGCUCAAGUUCUAUAAUGACGUCGUUUUUCUGUAAAUGACGUCGUUUUCUUUUAAUUUGCACCGAAUAAAAAUAACUUAAUUUAAACGAAAACCCUAAAACUUCCAACGGCACAUUCACGCAACACGUUUUUCUCUGUUUCUCUGUCUGAGAAAGGCGAUUUUAGGGUGUUGAAAUCAGAUCUCUGCGAUCGGAGAAUGGUCUCACGGCGUACAAUCGCUGUAUGAUCUGACGGCGUGCGACAGAGAAUAAUCUGACAACGUGCGAUCGGAGAAUGAUCUGACGGCGGAUACCGGAAAAUGGUCUGACGGCUUCUGUGCUGCUGGUGCGAUAGUGGUUCUCGUCAGCCAUAAGAUAAGCUUUUUUGGUUAUAAUUGAUUAUUUUAACUGCAUUGUAUGCCGAUAAGGGCGAAUAGAAUUAGAAUUAGGGUUUCAUAUGUUUUGGGAAACAAAUGCAUGCUAUCUCUAUGAAUCUAGUUCGCGAAAAGAUCUAAGUUCCCAGUUAGGGUUUUCGUUUGGAAAAUAAUAUGAAGUCAUCUUUUCAUAUAUCUUCACAAUUUUCAUGGUUGCCUCA